GUCACUGCUUGUUUUGAAAAAUUGGUCCUUCUCUUUAUGAGCCAAAGUCCACCAUUUUCAGUUUCUAUUUAUUUUAUCCUUUAUGCACUAAGGCCAAAGCAUCCUAAUCAUUUAUUAUUUUAUUUCUCUUUAUGGGCCUCGUUGGGACCAUUCCUGUAUUCCUGUGUCCUCAGGGUCGAAAACAAUGACAAAGAGGAGGUUAUACCUCCUCUUUGACAAAAGCAUGUCCAAUCUUGUUGGAUCUUUAGUCAUUGCUUUCUAUUCAGGUCUUCCAAACUACCGCGCUCCAAGUAGCAUGCGCACAAACUAAAGUAUGCAUCUUUCACAAGAAUAAAGUUUGGGGGACCUAUUUAUUUUUAUUGUAAUAGAAGUUAAACAAACAUAAAAUGUUAUUAUUUCAGUUGGAAAGAUGUAUAUUUCAUACACAGAUGCGACCGUUAGUUACAUUUAAUAUCCGGAACAAAUAUCACACAAAAAUGAAAAGAUCCCUUCAUUGGAUAGAAUUAAAAUAUAACAAUUUGAAAAAUUCAAGUUUUAGCAUGUAUAAACUAAUUCAUACUAAUCUUGAAAAGAAGGAAAAAGAAAGUCGUCUGCCAAAAUUAAUGUGGCAUCGAGGAAGCGUUAGACCCGCACCAAUAGCAUCUUUUCUUUUUAGUAUAUUUAUACGUUUAACUGUUGAUCAAGAUUUCAGAAUUUUUCCAUUUAUAGCUGGAGCUACACAGGCAAUGUCAGUAAUAUCUAAUGCAUUAGCUGCACAAAAUUAUGAAGCACUAAAUGAAUUUGUAGAUAAAAGAGCAAUUAAAGUUUUAAAACAUAGAGUUGAUCAGUUAACACCAGAGCAAAGAAGACUCAUCGCCAUACAACCACAAAAUUCUUUAAUUGGUAUUGCUAAGAUACAAGUAAUUCAAACUACAGAUGAAAAUGAAGUAAUUCUUCAAGUAACAGCUGUAGCAAUGUAUUCAAAUUCUGAGCCUAUAGAUUUUUUAAUACCCUUUUAUGAGAUCAGGAACAAGUUGGAAUCUAUAUUCAAGUGUGCAUAUGUAUUUCAAAGAAGAUAUAGAAAGGGUAUUGGGGAGUCAUGGAUAGCAAAAUUAAUUAACCAUGAGAGUUUCUAGAACUACUUAUUUUCUUAUAUAAAACGUAACAGGAUUUGAUAGAAAGCAUAGAGGAAUUUUUCAGUUUGCUUGUACAAUGCCAUAAGGUAUGCCAAAUAAAAUGUAUGUAUAUAUUAAAAA